AUGCAGAAGAAUCAAUCUUCCGUAUUGUAUUUCCAGCUUCUAGGGUUUCAGAAUGCCCAAAGUCUCAAGAUUCCACUCUUCUGCUUCUUUCUUAUAAUUUACAUUAUUAUCUUGUUAGGGAAUUUUCUAAUCAUGGUGCUGGUAUUAUUGAGUCAAAAACUCAGAUCACCUAUGUAUUUCUUCCUGAGCCAUCUCUCACUCUGUGAUGUGUUUUGCACUACCAAUAUCAUACCAAACAUGCUACAUAUUUUACUGUUAGAGGUGGUUCCCAUGCCUGUGGCAGAGUGCCUUCUCCAAUUCUACCUUUUUGGUUGCUCAACGUCUACAGAAUCGCUCCUGCUUACGGUGAUGUCCUAUGAUCGAUACUUGGCCAUAUGUUACCCUCUGCAUUACCUUUCGAUCAUGGGCGCCCAUCUCCGUCUCCAUUUGGUUGCUUGGUCUUGGCUUUUAGGUUUCUGCUUAACACUGAUACCAGGACUUCUGGUGAGCACAUUAGAGUUCUGUGGUCCUAACACAAUUGACCAUUUCUUCUGUGACCUGGCCCCUUUCCUUAAACUUUCAUGUUCUGAUGUUUAUAUGGUAGAAACAGAAAUAAUUGUGUGUUCAAUACCCAUCAUUCUCUUUCCCUUUUUCUUCAUCAUGAUGACCUACGUCAACAUUUUUCUGACGAUACUGAAGAUUCCCUCUAAGGCGGGAAGACAGAAAGCCUUCUCUACGUGCAGUUCCCAUUUAAUUGUAGUGUGCACGUAUUAUGGGACUCUCAUUAUAGUCUACAUGGUUCCUACCAAAGGACAUUUCACCGGCAUCAACAAAGUCCUGUCGUUGCUGUAUAUCAUUGUCACUCCUUUUUUCAAUCCUAUCAUAUACAGCUUAAGGAAUAAGGAAUUGCAGGUUGCAAUGAGAAAAAUAGUUUGUAAUAUGUAG